UUUUUUUUUUUUUUAUUAUUUUGCAAUCAUGUCUUCCAGUGUUGGAGCUGACUGUACUGAACUCAAACAUAAAUAUGAUGCUUGUUUUAAUAAAUGGUAUUCUGAAAAAUUCUUAAAAGGUGAUACUACUCCCGAAUGUGAAGAUUUAUUCAAAGAUUAUCGAGCUUGUGUCAUGGUUGCACUCAAGGAUAAAGGUAUUGACAAGUUAUUAUCUGAUUCUAGAAAAGAAUCACCUUUCCCUGCUACGGAUGGUCAACCUGGAAACUCUACUGAAGACAAAUAGAUACAACCCUUCCUUUUUUUUAGACAAAUGAAUAUUUCUUAUUACUUUAGUUGUAUAUAUAUAUAUUUGCAUAGAUUUAUUUAAAUAAACAUUCAAGUGUGCUCUCCAAUAGAGUUGUUUAAUAUCAA